GCAAUAAUGUGCGGCAUGCCGAUUUAUACUGGAGUAUAAGCAAGUCACAUAUAUAAUGGAAUCCGACGAUAAACCUGUGCUAAUAGCACAAGGAGCAGAAGCGAGAGUAUCAAGCAUAAAUUACAUGGGCAAAAAGGCUGUACUGAAAACAAGACUACCCAAAAAAUAUCGCCAUACAGAACUUGAUAAUAUACUUACAAAUAGAAGAAUAGUCGCAGAAUGCAGGGCAGUAGCACGAUUAAGAAGACAUGGCGUAUAUGUGCCUCUCAUAUACCUUGUAGAUAUUAAUCACAGACAUAUCGUAUAUGAAUACAUAAAAGGGGAAACUGUACUACAAGUGCUCAAAGGCAAUGAUGAAGAACUGAAAAACGAUGUGCUACGAAAAGUAGGCAUAAUACUAGCCAAAAUGCAUGAAGUUAACGUAGUACACGGGGAUCUUACUACACGAAACAUGCUAAGAACGGAAGACGGUGAUAUAUGUAUUAUCGAUUUUGGACUGAGUUACGUGUCAACACUAGAAGAGGAUAAAGGAGUUGACCUAUACGUCCUAGAACGCUGUUGCACUGAAAAGGAGUUUGAUAUACUGAUCAACUCCUACAAACAAUAUAGCAAAGCGUCUCUACAAAACGUAAAUAAACUAGCAGAAGUAAGACUGCGAGGACGCAAACGAGAUAUAACAGGAUAAAAAAGA